GAAAAUCAGUGAACAUUUUUCCUCCUUCUGUCUUUAUUUUAAUCGUGGUGGUGUUUAUUUGGUUAUGCGUAACCUGUCUCUUUCCCGAAGUAUUUUCACUGAUUCGGAAAGGCCUGUAACAUUCUUGAUGAGGUAUAAAGAAAAGGCUGUCGCGCGCAGGAUGCCUCGUAUUGUCAAGGGGUUAAUUUCCUUUUUAAUUUUGCGUAGAGAUCAAAAUUUGUAAACCUGACGCUGAUUGAUUGCGUUUCUGAGCCAAAAAAUGGAUGAGGACAAAAUUAUCUCUGAGAGAGAAAGAGCACUUCAAGAGAGGAUUGCUCGGUUGGAGAAGAAACUGGAAGGAUGUCAGUCCCAGAUAGAUAUUAUUGAUGAUCAACGCCAGCAACUGGAAGAAAGGGCAAUCAAAAUGGAGUCUGUCUUGCUAAAAACAACGAAAGAGCUUUCAAACGCGAGAAAACAACUUAGGGAGAAAGACAUGUCAAGUAGUCAUCUUGCAGAGAAACUUGAGUCCAUGACACAGCAGAUAGAAGAGUACAAGAGCCUUCUUUUCGAAGAGAGGGAAAAGACUAAGUACAGUAUGGAGAGACUGGAAACGAUCCUGUCUAGAGUCGAGGCUGAGAUGACUUCGCGAAAAGAGUUUCAAGGCUUCCUAAACGAGAUGCUUAUUGCUGUUAAAAAGAACUUAAGCACUCAGCUACGGAUUGUCUUCAACAAACUGACGGGAUUAGAAAAUACACUUCACGAGUCCCCUCAAGAAAUGAACCAAUCAAAGUGUCAAGUUAGGCCCAGUUUUAAAAAGGCUCCAUAUUCGCUGGAUCCAGAAUGCGAACCGCUUGACCCGAAGACCUCAUUGAAGAAAUAUGACGAUGAAAUUGUGAUUGUCUUUGAAAAAGUAGUUACAAAUGAGCAAAGAAAAAGAGCAAAACGGCUGGAACUGCCGGAAAAUUUUUUUGCAUAUGAGGACUCCCUGCAUGAAACCAGCUCCUGUGAAUCAGCAAGAGUUGUGAGUGGGCAUAGCCAGGCAGCACUUGAAGACAAUUUAACCCCAACAAAGGGUUCAGUAGGCCUGGCUUCUUCGACUUUUAAGCCCACGGCUUAUCCUCCCUUGGAGAUCCAGUCAUUUUGCCAGAGUGUGCCAGGGGUGUGUCCUACCCCUUCCGCUGCUAGCGCUAGUUCACAGCUGUUCGCAUCGCAAAAUGCAGACAAUGGCACUGAAGCAGAAGAUGGCGACCGAAAUGAGCCAAAACAAAGCCAAAAAACAGAAGCCAUACUGUCACUUUUAUCUGAAUUUGGCGCUUCAUCAACCUGCAGAAUGGCUAUUGGAACAAGUCUGAGCGACAUAAAACCAAUUUCCACUUCUAAUAACUCCAAUCAGCCGUAUCCACCCGCAUCUGAUUCUUCAUCAUCUGGAGGAAGUUUAAUGUUUAGCUUUUCUGAACCAAGGCUGGGAGAAAAGGAAACUGUUCUCAGUACUGAUUACUCCAAUCAACCACCUUCUAUUGUAUCUUUAUCAUCGGGCGCGAAUUUAAAAUUUGUCUCUCUUGGAACGAGUGUAAGUGACACAAAAAUAGCUCCUACUUUUGGUGCUUCUAAUCAAAUGUUUUCAGUUGCAUCUGGCCCUCCAUCAUUAGGCGGAAGUUUGAGGUUUGGCUCUCUUGGAACAUAUCUAGGUGACACAAAAUCGGCUCCUACUUUAGGUGCUUCCAAUCAACCGUUUUCAGUUGUAUCUAGUACUCUAUCAUCCGACGAAGGUUUAAGGUUUGGACCUCUUGGAUCGAGUCUAGGUGAAACGAGAAGAACUUCUACUUUGGGUACUUCCAAUCAACUGUUUUCAGUUGCAUCGCAGUCUCCGUUAUCUGGCGAAGCUUUGAAUUUUAGCUCUCUUGGAACAAGUGUAAGUGACACAAGAACAGCUCCUACUUUUGGUGCUUCCGAUCAAUCACUUUUAGUUGCAUCUGGUCCACCAUCAUCUCGCGGAGGUUUUAAGUUUGGCUUCGUUGGAACAAAUGUAAGUGACACAAAAACAGCUCCCACUUUUGGUGCUCCCGUUCCAUCGUUUUCAGUUGCAUCUGGUCCACCUUCAUCUGGCAGAGGUUUUAAGUUUGGCUUUGUUAGAACAAAUGUAAGUGACCCAAAAACAGCUCCCACUUUUGGUGCUUUCGUUCCAUCGUUUUCACUUGCAUCUGGUCCACCAUCAUCUGGCGGGGAUUUUAAGUUUGGCGUUGUUGGAACAAGUGUAAGUGACACAAAAACAGCUCCUACUUUUGGUGCUUCCGAUCAAUCGUUUUCAGUUGCAUCUGGUCCACCAUCAUCUGGCGGAGAUUUUAAGUUUGACUUCGUUGGAACAAGUGUAAGUGACACAAAAACAGCCCCUACUUUUGGUGCUUCCGUUCCAUCAUUUUCAGUUACAUCAGGUCCACCAUCAUCUGGCGGAGAAUUUAAGUUUGGCUUUGUUGGAACAAAUGUAAGUGACACAAAAACAGCUCCCACUUUUGGUGCUCCCGUUCCAUCGUCUUCAGUUGCAUCUGGUCCACCUUCAUCUGGCGGAAGUUUUAAGUUUGGCUUCGUUGGAACAAGUGUAAGUGACACAAAAACAGCUCCUACUUUUGGUGCUUCCGUUCCAUCGUUUUCAAUUGCAUCUGGUCCACCAUCAUCUGGCGAAGAUUUUAAGUUUGGCUUCGUUGGAACAAAUGUAAGUGACACAAAAACAGCUCCCACUUUUGGUGCUCCGGCUCCAUCGUUUUCAGUUGCAUCUGGUCCACCUUCAUCUGGCGGAGGUUUUAAGUUUGGCUUCGUUGGAACAAGUGUAAGUGACACAAAGACAGCUCCCACUUUUGAUGCUCCCGUUCCAUCGUUUCCAGUUGCAUCUGGUCCACCAUCAUCUGGCGGAUAUUUUAAGUCUGGCUUCGUUGGAACAAGUGUAAGUGACACCAAAACAGCCCCUACUUUUGGUGCUUCCGUUCCAUCGUUUUCAGUUGCAUCUGGUCCACCAUCAUCUGGCGGAGAUUUUAAGAUUGGCUUCGUUGGAACAAGUAUAAGUGACACAAAAACAGCUCCUACCUUUGGUGCUUCCAAUCAAUCGUUUUCAGUUGCAUCUGAUCCACCAUCAUCUGGCAGAGAUUUUAAGUUUGGCUUCGUUGGAACAAGUGUAAGUGACACAAAAACAGCCCCUACUUUUGGUGCUACCGUUCCAUCGUUUUUAGUUGCGUCUGGUCCACCAUCAUCUGGCGGAGAUUUUAAGUUUGGCGUCGUUGGAACAAGUAUAAGUGACACAAAAACAGCUCCUACUUUUGGUGCUCCCGUUCCAUCGUUUUCAGUUGCAUCUGUUCCACCAUCAUCUGGCGGAGAUUUUAAGUCUGGCUUCGUUGGAACAAGUGUAAGUGACACCAAAAAAGCCCCUACUUUUAGUGCUUCUGUUCCAUCUUUUUCAGUUGCAUCUGGUCCACCGUCAUCUGGCGGAGAUUUUAAGAUUGGCUUCGUUGGAACAAGUGUAAGUGACACAAAAACAGCCCCUACUUUUGGUGCUUCCGUUCCAUCGUUUUCAGUGGCAUCUGGUCCACCAUCAUCUGACAGAGGUUUUAAGUUUGGCUUCGUUGGAACAAGUGUAGGUGGCACAAAGAAAGCUUCCGCUUUUGGUGCUUCUGAUCAAUCGUUUUCAGUUGCAUCUGGUCCACCAUCAUCUGGCGGAAGCUUUAAGUUUGGCUUCCUUGGAACAAGUGUAAAUGACACAAAGACAGAUUCUGCUUCCAAUCAACCGUUUUCAGUUGCAUCUUGUUCCCCAUUAUCUGGCGGAAGUUUGAUGGUUGGCUCUCUUGGGACAAGUGUACAUGUAGGUGACACAAAAAUAGCUCCUACUUUUUGUGCGUCCAGUCAACCAUUUUCAUUUGCAUCUGGUUCUCCAUCAUCUGGCAAAGUUUUAAAGUUUGGCUCUCUUGGAACAAGUCUAAGUGACACAAAAACAGCUCCUUCUUUUGGUUCUCCCAAUCAACCGUUUUCAGUCGCAUCUGGUCCUCCACCUCUUAGACCAAAUCUAGCUGAAACGAAAACAGUUUUCACCACUGGUAACUCUACUCAACCAUCUUUAAUUGCAACUGGUGGAUCAUUGUCUGGUGGGGAUUUAACGUUGAGCCUCAGUGGAACAAGCUCAGGCGACACGAGAACAGGUUUCACUUUUGGCAACUUGAAUCAAACAUCUUAUUCAAGCCCGGCACCUUCAUCCAGCUUUCCGAAAGGAGGAGGUGUAGGUUAACAGUUUAAACAAGCUGAUAGAUCAU